CAAGGCGAGAACCACAGGAGAGACAUCUGUGCAUGUCCACUUACUUUGCUUUCCUAGAUUUUUUUUUUUUUAUAUUAUUAUUAUUUGAAUAUUUUUUUUUAAGUAUUAGGUUUGGCUUAAUUUUCCAAACGGCAGAAAAUCUGAAGAUUAACCCUUAUACGUCUGUUUUAUAAACUUUUGCACCUGUUUUGAAGAGGAAACGCAAUGAUCCAGAGACGUUUUGCCAUGAUUGUCACUUUACUCCUUGUCCUGCUGCAUGAGACACAGUCAUUGAACCACAGGGGAACUGGACCCCGGUUUUUAAUAAGUGACCGGGACAGAGAUCCACAGUGCAGUCCUCACUGCUCCAGAACACAGUCCAAACCGGUUUGUGCUUCAGAUGGGCGAACCUAUGAGUCUAUGUGCGAUUACCAAAGAGCCAAGUGCAAGGAUUCUGCCCUCAGUGUUGUUCAUCGAGGGAGAUGCAAAGAUGCUGGACAGAGCAAGUGUCGGCUGGAAAGAGCACAGGCCCUGGAACAAGCAAAGAAGCCGCAGGAGGCAGUUUUCAUCCCAGAGUGCAAUGAAGAUGGCUCUUUCACUCAAGUGCAGUGUCAUACUUAUACCGGAUAUUGCUGGUGUGUUACCUCAGACGGUAAACCUGUAAGUGGCUCUUCGGUGCAGAACAAAACACCGACAUGUUCAGGUUCAGUAACGGAUAAGCCCUCAAGCCAGGGUAAUGCAGGCCGGAAAGUUUCUUUCCGUUUCUUUCUAACCCUAAAUUCAGAUGACGGAUCCAGACCUACGCCUACCAUGGAGACGCGGCCUGUAUUUGAAGGAGACGACAUCACAGCACCGACACUAUGGAUCAAGCACCUUGUUAUCAAAGAUGCAAAAAUAAAUGGUUCUAGCAUGAGGCAAUCAGAGAAAAUAAACUCCUGUGACCAGGAGAGGCAAAGUGCUCUGGAAGAGGCCAGAGAAAAUCCAAGGGAGGGAAUUGUGAUUCCCGAGUGUGCACCAGGAGGUCUCUACAAACCAGUACAGUGUCACCAGUCCACUGGUUAUUGCUGGUGCGUUUUAGUAGACACAGGUCGCCCAUUACCUGGAACGUCGACACGAUAUGAAACUCCAGUGUGUGAAAGUGAUGCAAGGUGGAAAAAUACAGACGCCGAGGAUCCAUUUAAGGACAGAGAGUUACCAGGUUGUCCUGAUGGGAAGAAACUAGAAUUCAUCACAAGUUUACUGGAUGCCCUCACCACAGACAUGGUGCAAGCAAUCAACUCAGCGGCCCCAGCAGCAGGCGGCAGAUUCUCAGAACCUGAUCCCAACCACACACUGGAGGAACGUGUAGUUCUUUGGUAUUUCAGCCAACUAGACAGCAACGGCAGUGAAGACAUCAACAAAAAGGAGAUGAAACCCUUCAAAAGAUAUGUAAAGAAGAAAGCCAAACCCAAGAAAUGCAGCAGGAAGUUCACCGACUACUGUGACCUAAACAAGGACAAAUCCAUCUCACUCGCAGAGCUUAAAGGAUGUCUAGGUGUACGCAAAGAUCCAGGUACCAGCGCUGGCAGUUUUCCUCCUGGGAGGAGACCAGGCUCUAACCCUUUCAUAGGUCGUCUUGUGUAGACAUUCCUACAAUAUUAAGAACGAAGGAGAAAAGCAAAGAGCGUCAUCGUAUUCGGACCAAUCACAUAGGCAGCCGAGGAGCUCUCAAUAUUUGCACUUUUAAGUGGACUUUAUACGUAACAUUUAUUUUUUUUAAAUCCAAUUUCCGAUGUGGAGAGAACGAGAAACAUUGUGUUUUUCCUUAUUAGAUUUUUUUUAAUUGAAAAAAAAAAAAAUGAAAGAAUCUGCUACUGACAUGUUAGUAAUUGAACUCAUUGUGACUCUGGAUAAGAGAGUUUUGUACAUAAUUGUAUAUGUGAAUUGUACAGUCUCAUUUGUACAGGUCUUAACACUUUGGUCUAUUAUAGGAGUCUAGUCGGCCCCCUGUCCCUUUUCCUGAUUUUCGUCUUGUGAUAAUAGCA